AGAUCCAGCUACGAGAAAAAGUUCUUGCUUGCAACCUCAAGAGCACAGAGAUGGCGUCGUCGCUCGCAACCUUAGCUGCUGUUCAACCGGUCGCGGUGAAGGGUCUCGGCGGAAGCUCCCUCGCCGGAACAAAGCUCCACGUGAAGCCUGCGCGCCAGAGCUUCAGACCCAGAAGCAUCAAGAGCGGUGGAGUGGUGGCCAAGUAUGGAGACAAGAGCGUUUACUUUGACUUGGAAGAUUUGGGCAACACCACUGGUCAGUGGGACUUGUAUGGAUCCGAUGCUCCUUCCCCUUACAACUCUCUUCAGAGCAAAUUCUUUGAGACCUUCGUGGCUCCAUUUACCAAGAGAGGUCUGCUGCUUAAGUUCUUGAUCCUGGGAGGUGGUUCUACCCUUGCUUACUUCAGCGCCACGGCUUCGGGCGACAUCUUGCCAAUCAAGAAGGGCCCGCAACUCCCACCAAAGAUGGGGCCGCGCGGCAAGAUCUGAUUUUGAUCUCUCGGCCUCUUCAGUGUAUGUAUCCUCUGUACACUUCUGAAAGUCGUAGGGCGCCCUAUGUGAUUAUGGUCUCAUUGCUGUGUAACAUGUAAUGCCGUUGUCUGUUUGAGCAUGACAAGGUUUCCCUUCUCUC